GAGCCCCCUCUUUUUUUCUCCCACCAGCCAUGUCCAUCCAGAAGAUCUACGCCCGCGAGAUCCUGGACUCCCGUGGGAACCCCACGGUCGAGGUGGAUCUGCACACGACCAAGGGUUGUUUCCGGGCCGCCGUCCCCAGUGGUGCCUCCACUGGUAUCUAUGAGGCUCUGGAGCUGCGGGACGGUGACAAGUCCCGAUACCUGGGCAAAGGUGAGGGGCCGUCGGGGGAGGGGGUGACACUAGCCGGGGGUGGGAACAUUUAUCCCUCCCUCCCCAGAGACGACGCCCUCCAUCCACAGCCGGGCCUGGGCUCGGUCAAAGUGCUGCCGCUUGCUGGACAAAUGCCCAGAGUACCCAGGGACCCCUCACCCGGCACUGAGAUGCGCCCAGCUCUGGGGCAGAGCACUGCACCUGUGUCUCUAGGGCUGAGCCGUGGCGUGUUCUCCUCCCUAGCACUGGAGCUGCUGAAGUCGGCCAUCGAGAAGGCCGGGUACCCCGACAAGGUGGUGAUCGGGAUGGACGUCGCCGCCUCCGAGUUCUUCCGCAGCGGGAAAUACGACUUGGACUUCAAAUCCCCCGACGACCCCGCGCGCUACAUCAGUGGGGAGAAACUGGGCGAGCUCUACCAGAGCUUCAUCAAGAACUACCCCGUGGUGUCCAUCGAGGACCCCUUCGACCAGGACGACUGGGAGACCUGGCAGAAGUUCCUGACCCAGGUGCCCAUCCAGAUUGUGGGAGACGACCUGACGGUGACGAACCCCAAGCGCAUCCAGAAGGCCGUGGAGCUGAAAGCCUGCAACUGCCUCCUGCUCAAAGUCAACCAGAUCGGCUCCGUCACCGAGUCCAUCCAGGCGUAAGCCCCCCCCGCCCAGAUCAAACC